AAAUCGAAAAAUUUAAAAAUCCUCACGGGAAAUUCACCAAUAAAUUUUCUCUUUCUUUUUCUCUCACUUUCUCGCUCUAUAACUUGUUUGUUUUAAAUUUCUUCAAUCUAUGGUGGGAACUAAGAACCCUAACUCUUCGAUUCUCACCCUUCAGUGGUGGGGCAACAACAACAAAAUCACAACAAUCGCAAAACCCUAACCCUAGUUCUAAUUUUGCUACCAGGAUUUUUAUCCAUUUUUUUUUUUUGCCAUGGACUCCGAAAAGCUCUCCUCCGUUAACCCUAGGGCCACCACCGCGACCGCUACUACCGAAAAGCCUCCUCCGCCGCCGAUUCUCGAGCGGUUCAGGGCGCUGCUGAAGCAGCGAGACGAAGAGCUCAGGGCUUCAGCCGGAGGAGGAGUCGACGACGACGAUGAAAUCGACGAGAGCUUCGUCGUUCCGCCGCCGAGUUCCGAGGAAAUUGUGGAGCUCUACGAGAUGUUUUUGGGGGAGCUUACUUUCAAUUCGAAGCCAGUUAUUACGGAUCUCACGAUAAUCGCCGGCGAGCAGAAGGAGCACGGGAAAGGCAUCGCGGAUGCGAUUUGCGCUCGGAUUAUCGAGGUCCCAGUCGAGCAAAAACUUCCUUCACUAUAUCUUUUAGACAGUAUUGUCAAGAAUAUUGGCCGUGAUUAUGUAAGGCAUUUCUCUCCCCGUCUGCCUGAGGUUUUCUGUGAGGCAUACAGGCAAGUUCAGCCAAAUCAGUAUAAUUCUAUGCGACAUCUCUUUGGCACCUGGUCAGCAGUAUUUCCACCUUCUGUCCUUAAUAAGAUUGAGGCACAACUGCAAUUUUCUCCUUCAGUAAAUAAUCAAUCAUCUGUCUUGGCUACCAUGAGGGCUUCUGAAUCUCCACGACCAACACAUGGCAUUCAUGUUAACCCAAAGUACCUGCGUCAGUUGGAACAUUCAACCCUGGAUACUAAUAUUCGGCAUCCUAGAGGAACUUCAGCUUUAAAAAUGUAUGGUCAAAAACCUGCCAUUCCAUAUGAUGAGUUUGAUCCUGGUCAUGCAGAGGUUGUAUCCUCACAGGUUGGAGCCCAAAGAUUGAGCUCAACUGGAGAUGCAGGUCAUACACCUUUUGCCUUUGGGGCUAAUAAGGUGCAUCCACCUUCAACUGCCAGACUUGCAAGACCCUCUUCGCCUUCAAGAACUGGGCCUGAUAGGUCUUUAUCAUUAGCAGGUGAUGAAUUUGCUGCAGAAAAUUCUCCUAGAAGGUUUGUUGAUAGGGCCUCUCCAUCUCAUCCAUUUGAGUAUGGACUUGGUAGAGCAAUUGGUAGAGAUGAUGAAACAAGUGGCUGGCAGAGAAAACACUAUUCUGAUAAUAAUCAGAAAACUACUGCUGUAUACCACCUUGGUAAUGGACAUGAGCACCAAAGACCGAGAGCUUUAAUUGAUGCAUAUGGAAAUGACACAGGGAAGAGAUCUUAUAACAAUAAGCCUCUGCAGGUUCAACGCCUGGACACAAAUGAUAUAGACACUAAGGUCGCUCCAGCAUCAUGGCAGAAUACUGAAGAGGAAGAGUUUAAUUGGGAAGAUAUGAGCCCCAAUUUAGGAGACCGUGGUACAAGUAAUGAUUUCUUGUCAUCAGCUGUUCCACCAUUUGGUAGCUUUAGAACAAGGCCGGGUUUUGGAGUGCAGAGUGCUGCCCCUUUGGAGCCUGAUAAUAGGAGCAGUUGGUUGAGUCAGGCUCAGCUUCCUGCAGUUGAUGAUUCUUCUAUAAAUACUGAAGAUCCAGUCUCCUUAUCAAGUUUUGGUCGUGGAUCAACGCGGAAGAUAUCUGGAUUCCGAACUGAGAGAAAUCAGAUUCGGGAUUCUCGCUAUCCUCAGGAGGCCUGGAAUAUGCCUCCCCAUCUUGCCAAAGGAAGAGAGAGGAAUUUCCAUAUGCCCUUAUUGGCAAGCGGUACAUCUCCAUCAGAUUGUGAAAAAAUGUCUCCUCUUAUAGAUAAGCUUCCAGAUGCUGACCCACAAAUUUGCGGACCCCCUACAAUUACAUCAAGAAUUGGUCCUAGUCUUGACUCUUUUGGUGUAGAACCUCGGCCUGGUGUUGUACCCUCAUAUAUGGGGGUAAGACCUCCCCUAAAUGUGCAUAACUCUCACCCACCACAUCUGCUGCCUAAUUUUAUGCAGCAGAAACAUAUGAGGAGCCAAUUCCAGUCAAUAAAUACUAGCAAUACUGUCAAUAAUCUAGGUCCAAAUAGGUCUUUUUAUAUCCCUGAGCAGCAGAUGGAUGGUUUUGGAAACAAGGAGCUGAGUUCUACAAAGCUGCAACAAUUGCCCAGUCAGCAUGCAGGACUAAUUCCUCUAAGCCAGGCACAAGUCACUCCUUUACAGCCACAAUUUCUUCCAUCUCAGGAUGUGCAUCAAUCUGCAGCAGCUGUGUUGCCACCUCAUUUUCUGGCAGCCCCUUUGAAUCAUGGAUAUAACUCACGAGGGCACGGUGCCACUGUUAGUACAGGUCCAUCAAAUCCUGUACCUGGUGUACAGUUGAAUAUCCUAAACAGGCCUUUACAUUUACAGGGAGGCUCAUUGCCACCUCUACCUCCUGGCCCCCCUCCCGUGCCAUCACAAAUGAUGUCUCUCACACAAAAUGCUGUUCCCGGUGUCUCUAGUCAACAGCCGAGCACUGCAUUUCCUGGAUUGUUUGAUUCUCUCAUGGCUCAGGGUUUGAUCUCAUUGAACAAACAGGCUCAGGAUUCUGUAGGAGUUGAGUUUAAUGCGGACCUUCUCAAGGUGCGUCAUGAAUCUGCAAUAAAUGCCCUGUAUGCUGAUCUCCCCAGACAAUGCACAACCUGUGGCCUUAGAUUCAAAAGCCAAGAAGAGCACCGUAGUCAUAUGGAUUGGCAUGUAACUAAGAAUCGUAUGUCUAAAAACCGAAAGCAGAAGCCUUCUCGUAAGUGGUUUGUAAGUGUGAGUAUGUGGCUCAGUGGUGCAGAAGCAUUAGGAGCUGAAGCAGUUCCUGGGUUUUUACCUACUGAGACCGUUGUAGAAAAGAAGGAUGAUGAAGAAAUGGCUGUACCUGCUGAUGAAGAUCAGAAUGCAUGUGCAUUAUGUGGAGAGCCUUUUGAAGAGUUUUACAGUGAUGAGGCCGAAGAAUGGAUGUAUAAGGGGGCUAUUUACUCAAAUGCACCCAAUGGCUUGACAGUAGGCAUGGAUAGGUCUCAGUUAGGCCCAAUAGUGCAUGCUAAGUGCCGGUCUGAAUCUAGUGUGGUUUCCUCUGAAGAUUUUAGACAAGAAGAAGGGGGAAUUACUGCAGAGGGUAGUCAAAGAAAACGUAUGCGGAUUUAACUUAGCUAGAUCGACUUCUAUGUCAUCUGUAACAUAAUGUGAUUUUGUUCGUGUUAAUGGUAUGCUCUUAACUAAUUUUUACAGUAGCAUUGGAGGUCACAGUAUCUUGUACAUGUAUAGUUGUACUUGUAGCAUGCAACAUUGCGUUUUGCAGCAGAGGUUACAAAUUCUCUUGCAAUAUUACCUUUCUGGCAUUCUUUUUA